UAUUUUGUGAUUAUUUGAGUUUUAUUUCACCAAAAUCUUGUAUUGUUCAUAGUAGCUUAUAGGCAUUGGGAGAUUUAUUUGUUGUGUAACUGCGCCCUCUGUUGGAUGGUGGCAGCUAUAGGCUGCAUUUUCAUGUCCCUUUUCUCAGUCUGCAUUCUACGAGACAGAGAGAGGUACGUGUCCACAGCAGUGCAAUGUAAACUUGAAAUAUACCUGUUGUAACUUUAGUUUGAGUGCACAUGAUAACUUGUACAUGCAUUUCACGAUGAGUGCACAUAAAUUUAGUCAUGUUGUGUCGAGAACAUUGAUGUUUUGAGUGCUUUAGAGAUUAACAUAGCUAACCUCGUGGUUUGUUUUGCUGUAUGCUAGCGCUCGCCAUUCUAUCUUCAUGUGAUAUAGCCCAAAUGUUUCAGUUGUCCUUUUUCUUAUGUUAGGCUGACUCAUUCUGUGAAGAUAGAAACCGGAAUCUUUGUUCUCAUGUGAAUUUGUACAGUUUGCUCGGUUCCCAUAGUUAUGAAAACCUCUCAUCCAAUCAAACCGGCUAAGGGGGUGGGACAUCUGGGACUUACAGGGAACAACAACAGAGAGAGACGGGACACAUGAGUGGGAAAAACACAUGCGAUGUAACGUGUGCUAUCGGGCCGAGUAUUGCCUUCAUUUCCAGGGUUAAAUGCAGAGUUUGCCAGAGGAACAGGGCAUACUAAGGUGUACUGAAGGUAAAUGUUUAUGGAAGUUGGGGUAAAUACAGACUGUUUUACUACUGUUUGUGAUGAUGAGUGCUAAGCGUGAUGAGUGUCUAGCUCGUGCUAACAUGCUAGUAGUGCUUUUACACACAUUGGAAUGUAGUAGCCUAAUGUUACUCUAUGUGUUUAAUGUGUGUACUGAGGUAUGCUAUGUGAACUCGGAAGGAGCUCACAGAAUUGCACAGAGACUACGAAUGAGUGAUUUAGAGCCGUGUGUAUAUGCUCGCCAGGGAAUCCAGACCAGGACACGCAUCUUGGACCUUUUUUUGUUUAUCCUUGACGGCGAGUGGCAGCUAGUGGCAGUGGGUGUGACCAGUCAGCAGUCCCUGGGUUUUUCUUUCCUCUCUCCCUCCUCAUUUAUUCACAGCAUUCAUCCACAUUCCUGACAAGCAGCAUACAAACUGACUGAGGACCGACUCUGUGUGAAGACAUGAAAACAGAGACAUCCAUGGAUGGAGAGACCUCAGAAGCCUGUGUGAAGAAAGAGGAGACGCUGGAGCUGAACAUCUACAACUAUGGAGACGGUCUCGACAACCCACCUGAAGGUGUCUCCGUUAAAGUGGAAGAUCCUGACGAUAAAGACUAUCUCUACUGUGAAGUUUGCAAAUCCUUCUUCCUCAACAAAUGCGAGGUUCAUGGGCCACCCCUCUUCAUCCCCGAUACUCCUGUUCCCAUGGGAGUCCCUGACCGAGCCAGACAAACACUUCCUCCUGGGCUAGAAAUCCAGAAGUCCAGUAUUCCUGAUGCAGGCCUGGGAGUGUUUAAUAAGGGGGAGACUGUUCCAGUAGGUGCACACUUCGGCCCCUGCCAGGGAGAGCUGGUGAACCGAGAGGAAGCCAAGAACAGUGGAGACUCCUUGGUUAUGAACCAACUUCCUCAUUCGACAUGGAAAACCCAGAUUGGACACCAAACAAACAACCCUGACAUAAUUCGUUAAAAAACCCAACAAGGAGCGACAUGCUCCUGAUGCAUCCUGAAAGAACAGAAAAGAUUAAGAGCAAAAAGCGCUGAAGCUUUGCUUCUGUUAUCAGAGGAACUCAGUCCUGUGCAAAAUGUCAACCUGGAGCCAGAGUGUAGUAAUGAACCUACAGUUUGAGAGAGUUCUACACAAAUGCACUGAACUUUACAACAGCUGCAGGCAUGUGAAAUGGAAAUAAAUUGACUAAGGCAGGAAAAACUAUUUUGGAUAAAAUUGUUACUGUCUGUUGCACACUUAUCAACCUGUGUGACUCAGUUGUGCCUUUUGAAUAGAG